AUGAAGAUCCCCAACCUUAUCGCUGCGGCCAUGUUCAUCGCCUUUACUGCCGAGCAGUAUGCGGCAAUCCCCACAUUUGUGGAGACUGGCCAAACCGGAAUGAUGGAUCAGUUACCGGCUCCCUCGGCUGUACCGGAAUAUGUUUCUAAGCCUGUGCCGGAAACCCUCCCUCCUAAGCCUAGAGACUCGCUAGGGCCCCCAUCACAUCGAAAGCUUGAAACCUACACCCUUACAAGAGCCAUGAACCCUACUUGGACUGGGACCAUGAAUACCAACCACAUUGGCGGUGACUUAGCUGAUAUGUCAUCUAUCACCAUCGGCGGCAAGACCAGAGCUUUGGGUGCCGCUGCAAGCCCAUCGCCUGAAAUGAGCGAAACCACAGUGACGGAGCGUACGUCGGACGUCAACCCCACGCGGGAAUCUUCUUCUGGCGCUGACACCGGUCCACCUACGUUCUCGUCAGGCUCUACCUCGGUGGCCGCUGGCAGUGCGAUGAUUAUGACUGCCAUAAUUGUCACUUAUUUCCUAUGA